ACUCCAGGCAUCCUAAUGUUUCCUUCUGGCAGGGAUGGACAGAACUUGGUGACAGAGGAUGUAACCGUGGUAGAGGGAGAGGUGGCCACCAUCAGCUGCAGAGUCAAAAACAGCGACGACUCCGUGAUUCAGCUCUUGAAUCCCAACAGGCAAACUAUUUAUUUCAGAGACUUCAGACCCUUGAAGGACAGCAGGUUUCAGUUAGUGAAUUUCUCUAGCAGCGAGCUCCGAGUGUCACUGACCAACGUCUCCAUUUCGGAUGAGGGAAGAUACUUCUGCCAGCUCUACACGGACCCCCCACAAGAGUACUACAUGACCAUUACGGUGCUCGUCCCGCCACGUAACCUGAGGAUUGAAUCCCAGAAGGACACUGCGGUGGAAGGAGAGGAGAUAGAGCUGAAUUGCACGUCCAUGGCUAGCCGGCCAGCCACGAUGAUCAAAUGGUUCAAAGGCAGCAAGGAGCUCUUUGGCAAAACAGAAGUGGAGCAGUGGUCAGACAUGUACACAGUGACCAGCCAGCUCUUACUAAAGGUCAAGCGGGAGGAUGAUGGGGUCCCAGUUGUCUGUCAGGUAGACCAUCCUGCCGUUAAAGACUUGCAGACCAAGUACUACCUUGAUGUAAUGUAUAAGCCCGAAGUACAAGUUUUGCAGAAUUCUCCUCCGCAGCCGCUCACAAGGGAAGGAGACCUGCUCGAACUCCUCUGCCAAGUCAAAGGGAAACCAGAGCCUGUUGAUGUGACGUGGUUAAGAGUCGACGAUGAGAUGCCCCAGCACGUUUUGGUGUCAGGGUCAAACCUCCACAUUGACAGCCUAAACAAAAGCGAUAACGGCACAUACCGUUGUGAGGCUUCCAACCAAGUGGGGACGGCCUAUUCUGAUUACACGCUUUAUGUAUACGAUCUUCCCACAACUCUCCCUCCUCCCACCACCACACUUUCCACCAUCAUCACCAUCACCACCAACAUCGCCGCAGACACAACGGCGGCGACAGAACCGGCAGCUCACGGCUUUACUCAGUUGCCCAAUACUGCCGAAGAGCUGGACUAUGGGGAUCUCUCAGAUUCUCGAGCAGGAGAAGAGAGCGCCAUCACGGCGGUGGACCAUGCGGUGAUCGGAGGAGUGGUGGCCGUGGUGGUCUUCGCGAUGCUCUGUCUCCUGAUCAUCUUGGGGCGGUACUUCGCAAGACACAAAGGUACAUAUUUCACUCACGAAGCCAAAGGAGCUGACGAUGCAGCGGAUGCCGACACUGCCAUCAUCAACGCCGAGGGGGGACAGAACAAUUCUGAAGAGAAGAAGGAGUACUUCAUUUAGAGCCCCCUUGUUCCAGGAGGCGUCCAACGGGCCGGGCUGAGGGAGGCCCCGGCCCUUCCAAGAAGAUAAAGACAAUGAUGUUGGAAGUUGCUACCAGCUUACAGCUUUUUUAAUUUGUCUCUUUGUAUGUCUUUCUUUCUUUCUUUCUUUCUUUCUUUCUUUCUUUCUUUCUUUCUUUCUUUCUUCCUUUUCUUUCCUUUUCUUUUUUUUUAUUUUCUAAAAUUAUCGGCUGGCAAAUGUAUGGGAGUUGAGGAGUCCCAACGUAAAAAAAAGUGUUCUUUGUAAAGUACACUCUGCUGUGUGACACUUCUGUAUCAUUGGGUUGUUAAUUCUCUGGCCAAGUUCAGCUUGGAUUUAGUUUAGUUCCAUCAUUUACAGAAAAUUCUGUGCCUUGUUUUAUUUUUUAUUUCAUUGGAGGGAGGGGAGGAGGGAGGGGGAGAGAACCUACAGUUUCAUACAGUUCUUACUUUUUGGUUUUUCUUCCUAGCCUUUCUUGGAAUUGUCUGCUGGAAUCCCUUGAGAAGAGAUUUGGGCUGGUUGGUUAUUGUUGUUUUUUUUAAAAAAAAAAAAAAUCUCUCGUUUGGUUUUGUUAGUUUUUUCUCUUCUUCUACAAUUUCUUCUUCUUCUUCUCCCUUUUCUUUCUUUUUCUUUCUUUUUUGUUUUGUUUGAGAUUCUGGGUUCUAUUUUGUUGUUGUUGUUUGAAACCGUGUCAUCAAAGGAGAACCAGCACACCUUAGAUUUCAUUGUUUGAAACUGAGUGUAUCCAUCAUCCAUCAUAAUCCCUUGUUGUGAGAGCUUGGACCAAUAGGCUUUGUAGGAGAAGGGGCAGCCGCUGCCUCAGUUUCCAGUGCAGCAAAGACGAGCACCUGGGCUGGUUCUGCUUCUCACCGAGAGCCCAAAGUGUGCUGACUUGAGCACCUGCAAGCAAAGUGUGUGCCUAGGGAGCCAAACCGCCUUUCCUUCCGUGCUUUUCCAUGCUCCCGAGUGUCUGGACAGGCACAAUCAGCCUGCAGAUAUCUUGUCCAAGAUCUUCCCCGAAACGAUUGCCAUGAACCGGGGGGCAGAUCCUUUGGGGACAACAGACAAAGCCGAGUCGAAGGAGGGGGAGGAAAGGUUGAGUUUGGCUCUGAUUAUUUUGGUUCCCAAAGGUCCCGUCGGUGGCUCCCAAUUUGGCCCAGCAUCGCUGUAAUUUGCUGGAGACAGAAAACUCUGUGAAUCGGCCAACUUGUCCCCUUUUGCUUUUUAAAAAAUUUUUCCUCCCUGUUUUCAUUCUGCGUAUUCUUUCGGCCUCGUUUUAUCCCUUCUUCCCUUUUGUGCUUGGCGACAGAGGUCACGGUGUGAUCUCAGCCUGCAAACCCUGUGCGUGACCCAUAUUGGGCACCCCGAAGUCACCAAGGCAGAGGCUGGGUGAAGCCUGCCACGCCUUCGGAUGUGAUUGUCGGACAAAAGGCAGGGGGGGAUGGAAGAGAAGCGAGCCUUGCUCUCCGGCUGGACAGCCCCUGCGCCUCUGUCCCCAGGAAAUCAGCGCAGUGGCUGGUGCAGAAGCUUUUUGUUUACUUGAUCCAAAUUUUUUCAGGCUGAGUGGGUGUGCACGACAGAGAGAGAGAGAGAGAGAGAGAGAGAAAUAUUAUUUUCUUUUUCCUUUUCCCUGACUACAGCUUCCAAAUGGACUCCCUUCCCCAGGCUUAAUUGCCACCUACCAAUAAUUGAUCAACCUUUCCAUGGUGGCAGUAGUAGUGAAGAGGUAACCACCGCUACAUUUUUUUCUGGUGGGUGUUGGAAGCCUGAAGCUCUGAGAGAAGCUUUCUUCUCUUCCCCAAGGCUGGAAAUGGGGGCACCUCCCUCUUGGAAAGCCUGGGGGAAGGAAGGAGGAAGGCAGGGUUUCUCAACCUUAGCACAAGUGGACUUCAAUUCCCAGAAUCCCCCAGCAGCAACACAACGCUGGAAUUCUGGGAGUUGAAGGCCACUUGUCUUAAAGUUGCUAAGGUUGGGAAACUCUGCCCUUGGAAAACGGGGUCUCUCCGGGAGGAAUCCACCUUGGAAGCAGGGCUCGCUGACAGGGAAGCACUUAAAGGAUACUGACUGACAGAUUUGUAUGGCUGUCCUGUUAUAUACUUGCAAAGAUUUAUCGUGGGGAGGGUGGGAGGGAGAGAGAGACUAUCAUCUCUUUACGUCAACAUCUUUUUUUUAAGAAAAGAAAGGCUUUUGAAAAUAUUUAUUUUUAAAUUAUUGGCAGAAACAUUUAGAGACAACCUUUCGCUGAAGAAUUUGGCACGCGAAUCCCGUCCUUUUUAAAAGAACCUUCCCGUCUUCCCUCCCCUGACAAACUCCCCACCCCCACCUUGCCAUCCUUAAGCCAUGAACCCAAACCCGGCCUUUGGCUGCCCCCCCCCAACCCGUUUUGUACCACGCCAUCUUGUUUCUCAGCCUUCGGAACCACCGGAGACCCCAGUCGGGGGGCACACUGGCAGGCAGGCCAUGGACAGCUUCUGAACGAUUUUCAAGAGGGAGGGGGGCUUUUUUUAACCACCACUGAUCCCAGAACUGGCACAUCCUCUGCGCUGAGCGGCUCAUCUUUGUUUUCGAAAGUGUACAGUAGUGCCGUGUUCCCGAUGUAACUUUGACUUAAUACUGUUGAGAUGUCUCAGGUUCACGUGUUUUGAUUGGUGUUUCCGUCUCAGGUAGAUUGCAAACUUUUUGGAUCCCACACCUUGGAAGAGACCGCAAGGAGCAACCCCUCCCCCCCAGGAAAGGACGGGCGGUGGUCUUCCGCCAUCGCCCGGGAAGGAGGCUCUGUUGAGGAGGGGGCGGCGGUGGGUGUUCCUGCAAGUGUUCCGUGCACUGUUUGAAAUGUAUUGUUAGCUAUUGAUUUGUGCAGGCUUAGAUUCCAAGAGUUAGGAGUUGAGAAAGAACAAACUUGUUUUUUGGGCUUUGGUCAUUCGGAUGUGGUUUUAUUUUUUCCCCCUUUUCCUUUUCCUUAAGACAGAACAAAAAGGAAAGUUGAGGAGGAAAAUGAAGGGUGCGUAGCUAAUGCCAAAUAAGCUUGUUCUUGACUCGCCCUUUGACCUGUUUUAAUUUUGCCCCCUUAGGCCGAUUCUGUUUAAGGUGUCCAUGGAUGAUGUUACAGUGUAAGAAAACGCAUAACCAUCUCUUCCCAUUCACAUUUUGUAUUGGUUCAUGUAUACCAUUUUUACAAAAGAGAAAGAAGUACUAUAAAGUAUCUGUCUUCUUAAUAAAAACAAAUUAAUGUUACAAAACUA